AUGGCUGAGCACGGCGAGCUGGCCCGAUCCGUGAUACUUUUCAAUUGCGGAGCCACGAAAUCGUUAGCCAGAUUCCUGCGGCCCAAUAUGACAAUUUAUGUGAUCGACUCCAGGCGACCUUUCGAUCUCGACAAUGUGUAUUUUGAUGACAAUAUUCGCCUUUUUGCGAGCCACACCGAAAAGGGCAAAUUUCACAUUCCAACAAUUGAAGAGAUUGAAAUCACGGACAGUUCGUAUUCCGGUAGUAGCGAAAGUGAUGAUGAUUUGGACGAGGUUGAAGCGGAAUCGGUCGAGGAGGAAAUGGAUGAGGAAAUUGACCGGGCUACAUCCGGAGAAAGCAGCGACGAGGAUUGUUAUCAUGAAGAGGAAGAAGUGGAGAUACCAAGAAGUAGCGACACUGAGCUUGAAACAGCUGCAGCAGCAGAACACAUUGCUGGAAGUACGGAGCAAACUGGCACGGAAGGUUCCAGUGGUAGACGAAAACGUGUGCACGAUAGCGCUGUUUUAAUGCUCGAAAUAGCACAUUCAAUUGGUCGGACCAACGUCGAGAUGAUGUGGAGUGCUGUGAUUGGUUUAAGCAGUCAGCUGGCUGAAUACCUCAUCAGUCAUAGCUUCUACACGGCCACAUGUUUCGAUCGUUUGCGGCCUUUUAUCCGGAAAUUUAUACCAGAAAGUACCGAUGCCACACGAGGCGAUGAUAUGCUUCGAUUGUCUAAUUUUGGUGAAAUAUUUGCGGAACGGCAAAAAAUUCCCGACCCGGUGCUUCAUCGAGGCGUGGGUAUGGGUACAACUCAGCCAAAUUUUGUUUGGCUAAACUUGGGUUAUUCAAACCAUUAUCAGUAUCGAUUGAUACCACUCAAAAGCGCAAAAAAUGAAGUAGCUACACAUGCAUACUUCUUGGUAUUUACAGUAUAG